GCAGUCGCUUGUUCUACUCUGGACAGCUGUAGGAGAAAAUGGCAGCGUUCAUGCUAGGACAGCAGGCCCGUCAGUUCAGCACAUCUGUGGUCAGACCUGUAGCAAAACUGGUCAAGCCUCCCAUCCAGGUAUAUGGAGUGGAGGGUCGCUAUGCCACUGCUCUGUUCUCAGCUGCCAGUAAGCAGAACAAACUGGACCAAGUAGAGCAGGAGUUGGGAAAACUUUCUACCCUGAUCAAGGACCCCAAGAUGUCCAGUAUUUUAAUGAAUCCUCAUGUCAAGCGCAACAUGAAGCAGAAGGUUUUUGGUGAUGCUCUUUCAAAGGCCAAGGUUUCACCCAUCACUGUCAACCUCAUCAAUGUUCUGGCUGAUAAUGGUCGUCUUCCUCUAACUGGGGAUGUUAUCAGUGCUUUUGGCAAAAUGAUGAGUGCACAUCGUGGAGAGGUCAUCUGUUCGGUCACGACUGCUCAGCCUUUGGAUGAAGCUAAUCUUACUGAACUGAAAGUAGCUCUGAAAGCUUUUCUACAGAAAGGUGAAACUAUCAAGCUGGAGUCAAAGUCCGAUCCGUCGAUCCUGGGAGGCAUGAUUGUCAGUAUUGGAGACAGAUAUGUGGACAUGUCCACCAAAACAAAGAUCCAGAAGCUGACCAAGCUUAUCAAGGAGGCUUAAGUCCUGUGGACUUCAUGUUGGAAAUGUGACCAUCAGAGGAGAUGCUGACAGAUUGAUAUUCCUACUUGUCCAAGCACUGGUUGCUUCAUUAAUCCAGUGUUUUGUGCUUAAGUUCUAUAGAUGUUAAUAAAAACUACAAAAAUGGA